CAAACCCUGGAAGGGACAGAUCAGCUGCGGGAAACCAGCAGUCACAUUCUCCUUUUGCUACAGAGCCUCCAGCAGUUUGCAAAACAUACCCAGUUCCUGCAACCACAAGAAGCUCUCAGAGAGCUGAAGAAGCUUCUUGGAUGAGAAGCCUUCAGAGAAGGGGGAAAAAAACCCAGAAACUCCAGUGGCCUCUUGAAAAAAAAGCAUCUUUCGGACAGCCAUGACCUGGAUGACUUGAGAAUCUCCUUAGAUAUUUGAGCAAAGGAUUGGGAAUCUCUGCAGGUCUUCAUUUGAAAGGCUCCGUGAAGCGAUGCAAAGAGAAGAACCUGGAGGAGGCUUCUCAACUCUUGGCAAGACUGAGCAGAAGAGGACUGGGGGAAUUGGAUCGGGAGGCCAUGUUACCGUUGGUGCGUUGCGUGCUCAGGUGUCAAAUGGAGACCACAACCAGCUCCAGCCUGUUCUGCCGACUUGAAAAGAUAGUUGGGAAGCUAUCAGAGCAAAACAUAACCUUGGUGUCUGAAGAGUUGAGGAGGCUGAUGGAUGGGCUGAUUGAAAAUGACAAGCCGGCAUCUUCUGAGGUUCUCCAGACAGUAAGCCUCUUCAUUGAAGAAAGUUCAUUAGGACACCAGUACUGGAAAAAGAAUUUGAUAAGGCUCUUGAAAACCAUUGCUGCUACUUUUGAGGUCCUGCUGCGAGAUUCAAACUCCAGUCAGGUGGAGUGGCAUUACGUCACAAUAAAGGUUUGCCUGCAUCUCUUCAAAGGGAUGUCAGAGGAAAUUCAGCCCCUUGUCUGGGAUGAAACGGAUCACCGAGAAAUGCUGCAAAAGAUCUUGAGAUCCCUGGUGCAUACCAUCAUGGAUCAGACCGCCUGCAAAGACAACCGUCUCCUGGCUGGAACUACGGUGAGCAUGAUGGUGAAUACAGCCCCGGAAGUUGAAGCAGGAGCCAAAGCCAUCUGGGCGUUUUACCUCCUAAUGAAUUGGAAUGCCCAAAGAACAGAGGAACGCAAAGAGGGGUGCCAGUUUGGGGCACUUUGGAUCCCCGCUUCUACCCUGAACCCAGGUAGUUUGGAGAAGCUGGUGAUGACUCGUGGCUUACUAACCUGUUGCAAGAAAGAGAUCUUGAGCUGUCUUCUGGAUGGUGGUACCCCGCAAAAGUGCUUGUUGCUGGAUGUCCUCUUUCCAGCUGUUUUAGACGUGAUAGAAGAACCCACAAGCUGCUCUUAUUACUCCUUCCAAGUUUUUUCUCUGUGGCUUCAACGUGUCCGAGAAAGUUUGAAGGACCUCUGGAAAGUCAAGGAGAGCUCAUUGCUGGGUGACAAUUCAGGACUUCUCCAAAGGCUAAACAAGAUUGUUUGGAACAAUGCAGAAAGUCCAACAGAAGGAGUGAGCGAUUUUGUCCACAGCUCCUUUCGAAUUCUCUUAGAGAUCUACAGCCUGGAAUGUGAUUGCUUUGGGGAUCCGGAGAGAUCCCUGUUUAGAGAGUACCUGCAAAGGGUUAUUUUCAUGCCUUGGGAAGCAAGAGCGAGAUAUUUCGCACUCAGUGCAAUUCUUCCCUACUUGGGCCCCCAAAAGGUUCUGGAGAUCUACGCCGAUCUCCCUCAACACCUCUUCAACUGCUUGUCCACCAACCGUCUGUGUCCCAUCGCUUCGGAUUUGUACAAAACUCUCCUACGACUGCAGCGCAAAGCCUGGACGGAGGUGGAGGAUGAAGUCUCAGAAGAACAACUGGCUCACAAGUGGUCCAGUUGUUGGUUACCGACCCUCUCUAGUGCCUUGACCUCUUCUGACCCUUUCCUUCAAAGCAACGCCUCCAGCCACGUUCUCGGGUGGACUUUGAGAGUCUUUCCUGCUUCUUACGCGCUGCUGGCCACAAGAUUUGGGGGCAGGGAGGCCUCUCACCUCCGAGCGUGGGUCUCCUUGUUGAAUGUUCAAAAGACCCUUGCAGGAGACUUGCUCACAGAUGAGGAGACCUUGAAGAGACUCACCUGGUGCCUCUUCUCCAAAGAAGAAAUUGUCCGUCUGGCAGCCUUGGGCUUCCUCUGCUCAGCUCCCAAGACCAGUCAGGUUUUAUCGGAGAGGGAGAUCCAACUCUUAAAAGAAUUCCUGCCCCUGAAUUUGAGUUGCGAUUCCUCUUCUUUUCGGCAACUCCUUCAAGCCAUGGUGAAGAAGGCUUUGGUCAGAAUAAGGGACAGCUCUCUAGCUGUGCUUCGGCAACAGAAGGCCAACCAGAAGGAAAGCUUGGUCAGAAAGGACCAAGAAAGAAAAGUCCUUCAAGCUGUAGAGUUUGUGGAUUGGCUGCUGAAGCUCUGCACGACGUCUCUGAUGUCAGGUUCCAACUACCAAAGGAGGAAAACAGCUCUUCUUCUCCUGGCAGCCAUCUUGGAGACCUUCACAGACACUUGGAGACCUGAGAGAAAGAAGGGCCAGCCUCCACGCAACAUGGCUACCUUAUUAUGCUGGUCCACGGAUAAAGGCUACUGGGACAUUUUUUCCACUGGGAACACAUUGGCGCUGUUGAGCUGUUUGCAGGAUAGCACGAAUGAGAUCCGUGAGUUGGCCUCAGAGUUGCUGAUCUCUUACUUCCCACCAGAUUUGCCGGGCUCUGCUGCUGUAGCUCUUUUUGGGUGGGCCCUAGAAGCCGUAAGCAGUCCCCGGGUCCAAGAGAGCGAAGCAGGGGCAGCAGUGAUGAAGACUCUACUUCCCAAGUUGGAUCGUCAUAUCUUGGAGCGGUCAUUGUUGGGAACUGAGAAGGAGCCAACUAUGCCAUGCAAAUAUCUCUCUUUUCUUGAACAUUUGCUCAACAUGCUACGGAAUCAUUUUGUCACAGCUUCUCGUGACUUAUUGUUGGCAGCUCACACAACCCCAAUACAUGGGGUGAUUUUGGCAUUACGGAGAUGCCUGCUUGAAGAACCGGAGGUUGUGUCUUCUAUGUUAGAAGCCCAGAAGAUGCCACACUGGCGGUUAUUCUUUCAGCGUUUGGUGAUUGCAGUGAGAGACGUCAGUGAUUUACUCUUGAGCGUGUUGCAAAGUCAUCAAGCAUCAAGCACAGACCAACACGCUUCAUCACCCUCCUUUGCAGACAUGGGAAAUGCCAUUGGCAGCCUCAUCCGGCUAGGAAAAGGCUUGGAGGAGGAGGAGGAAGAAGAUAUGGUUCUCCUCUCCGAGGAACACAGCCUCAUUCUGACCUGUUGUUGGGUCUCGGUUAAAGAAAUUGGGAUGCUCUUGGGAGGCCUCGCGGAGAAAGUUCUACCUCGGCCACUCUCAGCAGGAUGGGAGCCUCUCCUACCUCUUCAAGUUGUCCACAUGGCUUCCAAGGUGUUCCAAGACAUCUUGCUGAAGUGCCGGCAUUGGGGAGCUGUGGAAGGCUGCAGCGUGGGCUUCACCAAGUUUUGUACCACUCUGCUCAGUCACCCCAGCCCAGAGCUACAAAACAUUCCACGGACUAUGCUCACCCAGGGUCUGGCUUUGUUAAACAGCCCCAGAGGAAGCUCCGUCACUCGCAGGGCAGCCGGUUUCCCAAUGCUCUUCCUAUGCAUUACGACAGGGGAAGAUCCCGCCAAGUCCCGGCCUCUUCUGACUCACUGCCUUCAGACGUUGCUCGCCUUGGCCAACCAACCGAUCCCCCACAGCUCAGACCAGACACUGGAUUUGCCUCAGGUUUCUGCCGUCCACGUCCUUCAAACAUUAGUCCGUGGUUCCCACCUUGGACCUGCUCUGCAACAACACAUCACACCUCUGAUGGUGUUAGUCCUCAAGGCACUAAGCUCCCCGAGUUGGGCUAUGAGAAACGCAGCCAACCAACUUUUCGGCGCCUUGACUGUUCGCCUCCUCGGGCAGAAAUGGAGUUCCGAGGACGGCCGUGCCAAGGACGGAGUAAGCCCCGAAGCUCUCUUUGCCCGACAUGUUCAUUUGAGAAGCAUCCUACUUGGAGAAUUGUCCCUGGCUGUGGAGGUGUCCAUAUCCGAAGGACCGAGAAGAGGGAAAUUCCACCUCUGUCCUUCCCUGUACGCUGUCCUCACUUUUCUGGCCAAGCUGCAGCCCAGCAGAGACACUCAGGACAGCACUCUCACCUGCUUCCUGGAGCCCCUGAUUCAGCUGUCAGGAAACCCCAUUUAUGCCGUCCGGGCGAUGGCCGCCAAAGCUUUGGUGCCUUUCAUUCCGGUGACGGAUUACGGAAAGAUCGUCUUGCGGUUGGCAGCCAGAUUCCCGCAGCCGGAAGCCGCUCUGUCCCAUAACGCAUUGCACGGAUGUCUGCUGCAAAUCCAGGCUGUCUUGAAUCAAGCUCUGAAGGUCGAUCGACUGCAUCCCGAGUUGCUGCGGUCCGUGGCCUGCAUAAUGGAAAGCCACAUCUGGAUGCUGAUGGACAUACGACGGUGCCCGUUAAUCUGUGCCGUUUACCUUCAAGUUUUGUCCAUAUUGCUAGGAAGCUGUUCUCCAGUUUUUUUGCAGAAAGUCUGGGAUCUGUUGUACGAGGAUCUGGCCAGUCCUAAACCUGGUUUCUCCCCUAUCCAGCUUGGUUCUUCCAUCUUCUGCCAAUGGGCUGUCAAUUUCCUCAGCCAAGAAGCCACAAGACAGGAAUCUCCGGAAAGAAUCCAUGAUCUGAACUUGCUUCUGGAAAGGGGAAAUCCUGACGUUCAAGCCGCCUUUCUAACUUGGUUGUUGGACAUCGAGGAAAGGAAAAGUCUGAAGUCCAACAAGGAACUGCAGCUGAUAUUCAUGGGAAAAUUCACGGAGAUCCUGAAAAACCCCGGAGACCCCGCCGUCUUGAAGCUGUACUUGAAAGUUUUUCUCCUUCUGUUUGGCAACGUUGCUCAAAGGCAGCCUUUCCCGGAGAAAUUAGCUCUGGAGUGUGGUGAAAUCCUGUUCUCUAUGGUAGAGAGUAACCAUGAAGGUCCCGGGCUCCGAGAUCAUGCGUUUUGUGCAGCCACAUUGUUCCUGAGUCAACACCCCGAAGGCGAUCGUUUAUGGGAACGAUGGAUUGCAACGAUAGAGAAGUGGAGCAACUCCCUUUCAGACGAGGUGCUCAGGAUGGCUGCAGCCAAAGCCAUCCAAAUGGGUGGCCCAGCAUGGAUUUGGGAAGUCCGGAAAUCGUCCGACUUCCUCCUUCGUUCCCAAGUUCUACGGUUGAUCGAGGCAGCGAUACAUCUCCUCCAAGACGAAGACCAAGAAGUGCGACAUGAAGCUGCUUCCUUCGUCAGCUGUUUGGUACAGAUACCGUCGCCCGUCCAGCAGGAUCAACCUCACCACAGUUGCCUUCAGCUCCAGAGCUCCAAGGCUCUGUUCAGCCUGCUGCAGUUCCUGCUCGAAAAUUUCGGGGACCAUCCUUCAACUUUUGCAUCACUGAUGCACCUUCUCCCCAUGGUAGAACUCAGUGAGACCUUGAUGGAGCUGGAAAGCCAGGGAGUGGUCAGUCUCUACAAAGAGGAUGAACCCAACGUCUACACCGAGCCAGCAGUCUUCUCCCAGAUGUUAUUACCCUUUCUACUCCAACUGGUGGAGAACGCGUCCACCUCUCGAAAACUUUGGGAGUCAAUACAAUCCUGGUUAGAAACCACUGGAGCUGGAAUCAUCUGCACUGUAGAAUUCUGUAGACAGUGGUGGAGCCAAGAGGACAUCCCUUGCCUGCAUCUGAAAGCUUUGUCCUGUCCUCACGUACAUUCUGCUAUCACAGCGCUGUUGGUCAAAGCCAUCCUCGUGGCCCACGUUCUGAAGAUCUUGGAAACCCAGAACCAGCUCAACUGCACCGCCGGAAUUACCAUCUCUUUCCAGGAGUUGAGUUGCACCAUCCAUUCCUUGAAGGACCUGCUCCGUCAGUGUGGAAUAGCUGUUACGGUUGAGAUGGAACAACAACAAGCAGGACUACAGGAAACUAGUUAAGCAUAAAGGACUUUUAAUAAAACUUUUGUGUUUAUUUUUUUUUUUUUUAAAAGCAAUGGGUAGAUCCCAAAAAUCAAUCCAUUCCUUACAGGAAUAACAGAAUAAGAAGAGUUGGAAGGGAUCUUGGAGGUCUUCUAGUCCAACCAUCUGCUCAGGGAGGGAACCUAUUCCAUACCUAUGGUGGCACGGUGGUUAGCAUGCAGUAUUGCAGGCUAAUUCUGUUGACUGCCGACUGCCACCAGUUCGGCAGUUCGAUCCUGAUUGGCUCAAGGUUGACUCAGCCUUCCAUCCUUCCGAGGUUGGUAAAAUGAGGACUCAGAUUGUUGGGGGCAACAGACUGACUCUGUAAACCGCUUAGAGAGGGCUGUGAAGCACUGUGAAGCGGUAUAUAAGUCUAAGUACUAUUGCUAUUGUCUUCCUUC